AAACAAAUCAGAUGGUAUUGACGUAGUUUCAGACGGUACAUUUGAUGUUGCUUUAAAAAAUUUCGAAUUUGGUUUUGUGAAUGUCGGUUUUAAAGAUAAGCGUUUGUUAUAUGAAGCUUAUACUAUUAUUUUGUUUAUUAAUAUAUACGGAGUCUAGGUAUGUGACGAAAAAUAGUGAUUUGUUUCCCGGGUUCGUUUUUCGAUCAUCUUUAGAUGAUUUAGAGGUAGCCGCAGCCGAACCAAGGCCUGUUAUUAUAGAAAAUACACCUGAAGUAUUACCGCUAAUAGCAGACCAAAAUGCUUUUAGUGAUUCUCCGGUUAGUUUAGCUAGUGAAAAAGUGGAAAAAAUUUUACAGCGUCCCAUUGCAUUUUCUUAUCAAAACAACGAUCAAUCUCCUGUGGCUUCGAAUAUUCCAGAAGAAGAAGUAAAAAAAGCUGAUGUGAAAGAAAUCGAUCAAAAACCGGCGGCUGUUGAUUAUUACAAGCAGAUUCAAACGAUCGAAUCACCUAAAAGUGAUGGUCUCGAAGGAAAUGGACAAGAUUCACAAUCGGAUGAAGAAGAAAGUAAAAGUUUAGAGCUAAAUGCAGAAUCUUCCGAUCACGGAAGUAUCGAAAGUAAUGCUGAGAUAAAUUCGGCAGAAGAUUCUGAAUCUGGACAAAAUAAAGUCCACGAAAUUCACGAACACGAAGGGGGAGAUGGACACGCAAGCGAAAGUAGUCAUGGAGGAGGAGGACAUGGCGGUGGAAAUGGAGGUGGAAAAGAUGGCGGUGGUAAUGGUUCCUUCGAAAGAGGAGGUGGACAAGAACAUCAUUCCGGUCAUAGAGGGGAAAAGGGCGAAAAGGGCGAAAAAGCUUACGAAGGACACCACCACAAUGAAAAAAGUGAAAAGGGACAUCAUACUAAAGAAGACCACUCGAAAGAAUAUGAGGAAAAUGGCGGAGAAAAGAAAGAACAUCAUCACGAUGACGGGUAUCACGCGGAACAUGACCAAGCAGAAGAAGGACAAAAGGGAUCAAAGUUCCAAGAAUUCGGAGACCACGCGAAAGGUCACAGCACUAAAGGCGAACACAACAUCCACAGAAAAGAUGAAUACGAAAAGAAACAGGAAUUCUAUGAUGAAAGCGAUGAAGAAGAUGAAUUCGAAAAAGACGGAGGAUACUCACAUGAAGACGAAUAUUCAAAAGGUGGUUUUGAAAAAGGAAGCUAUGAUAAAGGCGCCGAAGAAGAAGACAAUUACGGAAAAACAGAUAAACACGAAAAGGGAGGUUACUUUAAAGAACAAAGCGGACAUAAAAACUCUGGAGGUCAUGAUACUCAUCAUGAUCAUGUCGAUAAACACGGAGAGAAAGAAAAUAAUUCUGGAGGGAAGAAAUGGUCUUAUUCUGAAGGAACAGGAGGCGGCGGAGGCGGUGGACAUGGACAUCAACAUGCUGAUGGAACUAAUGUUCCUAUUCAGGUUAUCAAACCAGAUCAAACACCACAUUCACAAAACAUACCAGAACCAACUUAUAAAAAUCCUGAUGUACUUUAUCCUCCACUAGCUGAUCCGCCAAUAGAAUCUAAUAAACCAGCUCCUCUAAUUCAGGUAACUUAUGAGGACGGGUUUACACCAGUAUUAACACCAAUACAAAAAAGAAGUGAUGAUAAUUACGGAGAAGGAGUAAAAACUGAUAAAAAAGGAGAAGAGAACAAAUUUUUAGAUAGUCUAUUCGUGAAACCAUAUAUAACAGAAACGUUUUCUACCAAAGAAGCAUCAAAGGAAGAUGAUAAAAGUUCUUCAGAAGAAAAGGUAGAGAGUUCAGAACAAUAUAAAGAAUCAUUAAUUCCAGAAAGCUCCGAAAACUCAAGCGAUGAAAUAGGCUCAUACAGUAUCUUUAAACUUGGAGAUUAUACCACACCCAAGCCAGAAAAUAAGCAGAUAAAUUCUUCAGGAAGUGUUAUUAAAGAUGGUGAAACUACCAUUGUUCAGGACGAAUCUAAACAAAUCGAGGUUGUGAAUACAUCGAUGAAACCAAUUGUUGUUUUAGACGAAGUACAUGUGAUAUAA